AUGGCGUCGCCGCCCGGGAUCCUCUACGCUCACGCCAUCGUGAUCACCGUCAACUCGAACCGCGACAUCUACGCCGACGGCAGUCUCCUCGUCAGAGAAAAUGCCAUCGCAGACAUCGGGACAUCGCACGCCAUGCUCGCCAAGUAUCCCGAUAUCGAGGUCCGCGACCUGACCAAUCACAUUGUGAUGCCCGGGCUGAUAUCAACACAUAUGCAUGUGGUGCAGUCUCUGUUUCGCGGAACCGCCGAUGACUGCGACUUGGUCACAUGGAUGUGUGACAGGAUCUGGCUCAUGCAAGGACAUGUCUUGCCGGCGGAAGCCUAUGCUGCAGCGCGCCUGUCCCUCGCAGAGAUGCUCCUCGGCGGCACGACCACGUUCCUCGAAUCGCUGUGGGCUGAGAGGUACGGAUUCGCGCAGCUCGUCGACGCCGUCGCCGAGUCAGGCAUCCGUGGCUGUCUCGGCAAGGUGGUGAUGGACGUCAACCCCGACCAGCCGGCCUUCCGCGCCCGGAUGCACCGAGGACUGGUGGAAGGGCCCGAGAGCUUGGAGAGCGCGGUCAAGAUCUGGGAGCGAUAUGACGGCGCAGCGGAUGGGAGAGUCCAUGUCUGGUUUGGCGCCAGGACGCCAGGGGGGGUGAGCACGCCCUUCCUCACCCGGAUGUGUGCCGAGGCCAAGGCGAGGAACAUCCAUAUCACGAUGCACUGUCUCGAGGAGGAGAUGGACACGCAGGUCUUUAAGCAGUUUCAACAGUCGCCGAUGGAAUACUGCGACUCGAUCGGCCUCUUGUCCGACCGGACGGUGUUGGUACAUAUGUGCUGGGUCGAAGGCGAGGAUAUCAAGCGAGUCCAGAGAACAGGGACGCAUAUCGCACAUUGCCCGGCAUCGAACAUGAAGCUCGGAUCUGGAUUAUGUCCCGUUCCCGAGUUGCUGGCCGAAGGUGUCAAUGUGAGUAUCGGGUGCGAUGGGGCGCCGUGUAACAACAUGCUCGAUAUGUUCCAGGAGAUGAGGCUGGCUGCCAUGAUCCACAAAGGUACCACCCGCGACACGAAAGUCGUAUCGGCCGAGGAAGCUCUCGAGAUGGCCACGAUCAACGGCGCGAAAGCUCUGGGACUCGAUGGUCCUGGUGGGAUUGGUAGUUUGGAGAUUGGUAAGAAGGCUGACUUUGUAGGAGUCCAGUUGAACAGAGCGCACCAGGUUCCCAACUACGAUCCCGUGGCCACCGUGGUCUAUGCGACUAAUGCUGGGGACGUCAAUUUGGUGGUUAUAGAUGGAAAGGUAAUCGUGGAAGAUGGAGUCCUAAAGACGAUGGACGAGGCCGAGGUCAUGAAGGAGGGGAUCGCGGCGGGAAAGGCUGUCAUCAAGAGAUCGGGCCUUGAAACUACAAUCGUGCCCAAGUGGCCUGUCAUAAGAGGAUAA